GGAAGUUCUCGUGUUGUUGCCGCUGGUGGAAAAUAAGAGAAAUCAUAAAACUUUUGGUAGAAAGUCUUUGAUUGGGUCAAAGUACAACUUAAACGUGGAAAAAUCCUGCAGGACUCUGGUGUGGUACAGUUCGGUGGGAGGAGCAGCAGCAGGUGCCCCUGACACCUCCGUGCUCCUACCAGUGUUGAUUGCAGCGGGUUUAUUGGCCGUCAAACAGCUGCCAUCAGCGGGAUCACAUCUGAACUGUGACCGCGGACCUCUGCAGCAGCCAAACCUCCGCUGCUUUUCUUCUGUUUCUCGGGCUGAGCGGAGUCUGUGUUCGUCUGUGUUCAGAGAUGAAGAGGAGGCUCCUGCUGGUGUCCAACUCCACCCUGCACGGCAGCGGCUACCUGGACCACUGUCAGCUGCACAUCUCACGCUUCUUCGGAAAAGAUGUGAAGAGAGUCCUGUUUGUUCCGUAUGCUCUCCAUGACAGAGACACCUACACCAGAGCCGCCAGGGACAAGUUUAAGACUCUGGGUUAUGAGGUGGACAGCAUCCACGAGGCGCCGGACCCCGUCAGUGCCGUCAGGAAGGCUGAGGGCAUUUUUAUAGGAGGAGGCAACACUUUCCGGCUGCUGAAGAGCCUCUACGACAACAAGGUGGUGACAGAGAUCAGGAGGAGAGUGCUGGAGGAUGGUGUCCCCUACAUGGGUUCCAGUGCAGGCACCAACGUGGCCACCGUCAGCAUCAGCACCACCAACGACAUGCCCAUCGUCUACCCUCCGUCCUUCUCUGCCAUCGGCCUCGUCCCCUUCAACAUCAACCCGCACUACCUUGACCCCGACCCCAGCAGCCGCCACAUGGGGGAGACCAGAGAACAGAGGAUCACCCAGUACCACGAAGAGCCUGAUACUCCAUGUGUUCUGGGUCUCAGGGAGGGGUCCAUGCUGCUGGUGGAGGGAGACAAAGCCACGCUGCUGGGAACCACUAAGGCCAGACUCUUCACCAGGGGAAAGCCCUCGGUGGAGUACGACCCGGGCAGCGACCUGAGCUUCCUGCUGACAGACGCACACUGACUCACCGCCACAGCUGACAGCGUCUCACCCUUUUGAUGAUAUUGUUGUGGAUGACAGUGCUGAAAUGAUUAUUCUGGUAAAAUCUGAAUAAAUAUUUUCCAGAAACGUCAAUGUGUCUUUGAAGAUGUU